UUUGUAGGAAGCAAACUGCCGAGCUUAAAAGAGGUUAUGUCUCUUUUCUUUCAUUAUCAUUGUUCUCAAAGCUUGACUAUUAAGAAAAGUGCAUUAAUUACGGUUGAGAAUGUAUUCGAUUUAUGGUCUGAAGCUGGAAUUCCGACUUGUGCGAAAAAUUCUGCAGUAAGAAAACUCAUUCGCCAUCACACUGUUUGGAAAAAUUUGCUAAAAAAUAAAAAUCAAAAGCUGUCAUCUACUCAAAAGAAAAAAGUUUCUAUUUUUUGUGCCGAUAUUGAGAAAUUAUUUGACAUAGCACAUCACAAAGUAAUGAAACUCAUUAAUGAAAGUCAAAAGUUAUUUUUGCAAGGCCAAAGACAGUCAAAUCGACGAGGUUUUCUCCAUAUUAAUCCUCCAGUAAAAACGGUAGCUAAUAAUAUUGAUGAAGAUAGAAUUGACGAAAUUCAAAGUGAUGAGAAUAAUACUGGAUUAUUAUUAAGUCAAAAAACAGAUUCAAGUUUAAGUUGAACUUCAAAUGCAGCAUCUGAUUUCGAAAAUGAUAUAGAGGUUUCACGGCAGCGAAAAAAACUUGAAAUAAUCACGCCUAAGCUUGUCAGUGCAUUGGAUCGUGCAAAUGUAAGUAGCAGAAAUGCUACUUACAUUGUAGCUGCUACUUUAAUCAGCGCAGGACUAGA